CCACACUUUUGCACAUAUUCUGCCGCAUACAGAGCGUUUUCUCCACCUAAUUUGCCUUAUGACAGCACACACCGGUGAGUGUUGGGGGCCGUUACCUACAAGAGCAGGGGUGGUGGUCUUGUGACGUAUUAACUUCAAGAACACGCCAACCUUCACUCUCCACACCCAACCAUCUGUCUCAACCUUACCAUCUCCUCUCAACGACGCAAUAAACAGCAGCAGAAGAAACAAUGGCGACACCUACGCAGCCUUCCGACUUGAAAAGGAUAACGGUUUCCGAACCGGUAGCGACCCAGCACGACAACAGCGUACUCAGCUCGGUAUGCAAAGCCUUUGAUCCUCGGGGCUUGCGCUCCUCCAGCACGCGCUUCCGCCGCUUGGCUAUGUACAUUGUCCUUGCCUUGCAGUUUUCGUUUCACAUUUACGUUCUCAUCCUCUUGAACGAGCCAUUGAAAAAGUUGUUGAGUCCGAUGCUUGGGGUGUGGUAUGUGACUUGGGGCAUGACGAAGAUGGAAAACGCUGGGGAGACGACUAGGUUCUUCUUUCGUAAAGUUACUUUGACGAAGCGCUUUUUGAACGGGUCUCUGUAUACCUCGGCAGUACUACACAUCGCAUGCCUCGUCAUGCUGGUAGCGUGGCGCACAUGUCCAGAGAUGGAGAUUUUCGGUAUCAUUUGGCUUCUUGGGUUCUGGAUCCAGGUUUUCAUGAUUUCGGCUGUGGGUCUGAUGGUUGCGCUUGGAGUAGAAGACAAACCGGUGCUUUCACAAGAAGAAAAGGGGCUGAGUGGGUAA